GCCGCUCGUCAUCUUCCUCAGGAGGGGCUUUCGCCUCCUCCAGGUGGCUUUACAGGUGCAACUAGGUUUCAUCCCGCUUCCCUCUACCAGAUAUCCUAAACCCUUUCCACUCGGGACAGCUGAGAUGCACCGUUAACGUUUCGGUGGGACUUCCUUUCGAACUCUGAGAUGAACGUAAAGUGGACAGUGAAACGAUUUCUUCUUCUUUCGUUUUCAGUCUCCCACUUGCUGUUACUUGAGGGAGGUCAGAGCCGACUUGCAGUGGCAGAGGGAAGAUCACAGAGGAGGGCUAAUGCACUUCGGAGGAAACGGGAUCUCCUUGGGGAGGAGACAUAUAGGCCAUUGCUGCCAGAAAAUUCACUGUCACGCAGCGUUUUGCACAACUACACAGCCAGAGAUGAAUCUUCAGAAUAUUGUGGCUGCCUUAAUGGAGGUUGGUGUCAGGAGGACAGUGUGUGUGACUGUUCUCAGUUUCAGGCAUUGGGAGACCGCUGCCAGAUCAUACCUAACCAGGGCCAGGAUAGAGAUGGGAUCUGCAGGUCGUGGGGUCAGCAUCACUUUGAAACAUUUGAUGGGAUCUACUUCUACUUCCCUGGAACUUGCUCUUAUAUUCUGGCUCAGGACUGUCACUCAGCUACUCCAGAAUACACAGUGUGGAUUCACAAUAGCAGAGUGUGCGAGGGAAGUGUGUAUUCUUGUCCAAGAGCUCUCAGUUUGUUCUUCCCAAACGAGGAGGAGAUCCAUAUCUCUGGAUAUCAGGUCCACCAGGGAGGUCGCAGGUUAAGUUUGCCUCAGACUGUAGGUGGGGUGUUUAUAGAGAGACUGGCUGAUUACCUGCUUGUCAAGAGUGUGUUUGGCUUCUCUUUGGCCUGGGAUGGAGGCUCAGGCGUCUACCUGAAGAUGAGCGAGGAGCACCAGGGCACCCCUUGUGGCUUGUGUGGGAACUUCAACCACAUUGCUGAUGAUGACCUCACCACUGCUCGGGGCAUUCGAACAGAUGAGCCUGCGGUGUUUGCUAACAGCUGGACAGUGGACCUUCCUCACGAGAGAGCUUGUCCCUCUGUAGAUCUUGACUUUAAUGGCCCUUGCCAUUCUGAGUCAGACAUGGAUGACGCCAUUGAGAAAUGCAGCGCUCUCCUUUUCUUUCCGUUUCUGUCCUGCCAUGAAAACAUCGACCCAAAUCCCUUUGUCGCCAGCUGUGUCUCUGACCUCUGUGUGGCCGAUGAUGAGGAAACAUUUUGUCGAGCUUUGAUUGAAUACACCAGAGCCUGCUCACAUGUUGGAUAUCCUGUAAGAGAGUGGAGGGACAGUUUUCCAUCGUGUAACGACGGCUGCGAGGAGAGCUUUGUGUAUAGAGACUGUAUCAGUUGUUGUCCGCCCACAUGUACGUUUGAGAAAGAGUGUCUAGGAACCAACCUGCACUGCCUGGAUGGUUGCUACUGCCCUGACGGUCUCAUCCUACAGAAUGGAACAUGCAUCCCUGCAUCUCAGUGUCCUUGUGUUUAUCAUGGAACAUCUUAUGUGCAAGGACAAGUGCUUCAACAAGGCUGCAGUGUCUGUGUUUGCAUGGGAGGAGUGUGGAAUUGUACAGAGAAUAACUGCACAGCCGAGUGUUCAGUCGUAGGAGACAUGUUUGUGACAACAUUCGACGGCAGGAUGUUUCUCCAGCCGGGGGCGUGUCAGUAUGUGCUGGCAAAGAGCCGAGGCAGCAGCAAAUUCACCAUCACGCUGCAGUAUACCACCUGUGAAGAG